AUGACCCAAGCAACUUUGCGCACCGAGCGCCUCGAAUUGGUGCCCCUCGGUCCCGAGGACCUCAAAUUCACCAUGCUGCUAGACCAGGAUCCGGAUGUCAUGAAAUACAUUGGCUUUGGCAAGCCACUUGACCACAAACAAGCGAUCGAAGUUCACCAAUGGCUCCUCAACUCAGCAACCAUCGUCCCCGGCUUCGGGUGCUGGGUCGGCUUCGUCGGUGGCGAGUUUGUGGGUUGGUGGAUACUGGCUCCUUGCCCAAGCGAAGGCACAGAGCAAGUCAGCAAAGACCGAUCAGAGUUUGGGUACCGCCUUUUACCGAAGUUUUGGGGGCAAGGUUACGCGAAGGAAGGAUCGCGUGAGUUGCUGAGGCACGCUUUCCAGGAUUUAGGUCUAUCUGAGGUUAUUGGCGAGACUAUGGCUGUGAACGCGGCUUCUCGGGCGGUAAUGGCAGCUUGCGGAUUGAAACAUACCUAUACCUUCCACAACAAGUACGACAACCCACCUCCUGGCAUCGAAGAAGGCGAAGUGCGGUAUCGGAUUACCGAGGAUGAAUGGACAUCGUUGGUUGCUGCACAGUAA